ACUGCCAACGGUACAUCAACGUGAUUAACCUAAAAACCGCAAAAUUCUCACUGAUAGAGAAAGUAUUGGAUCAAAAAGAAGAUCUUGGAUUGAGUGAAAGACGAUCGAGUGAAAUAUUUUCAAGAUUUUGUGAAACUCGAUCGCCUGAAGACACAGCUCGGCCGAAGGUUAGACUCUCAAGUGGUGGCUUAAUACGAAAUCAGAAGAGAAGGCGAUCAAGAACUAUGGGAAAUACACAAACCGGCUCGACACAGCCGUGUGAACAAGAACAAGAUGCGAUCCUCGAAAAGGCAACGCCAAGGGCUUUUUCAACCAGUGAGGUAGACAUUACAAACGAUGCCUUAGAAUCUUCACCAACAGGAACGACAAUAUCUCACUCACUUCUUAAAGUGGACGAAUAUCCGCAACGUCAUGAUGUUCACGCUGAACAAGAACGUUGUGAAUCCUUUUCGAUGAUGACGAAAAGAGAAGAUGCCUUCAUUGAACAGGCAUCUGGUAUAAUUUACAGUAAAGAUACACCGGAUGAUUAUACAGUAACAGAUCAGGCGCAAGGGACAGCCAAUAUAGAUUCCUGUAAUAAAGAGGAUUCUUUACAUUCGGGAUCAUCCACUGAGAUCUCAUUACCAUAUGAGAUUGGCGACCUUGAAGAAGAACAAACACCAGACUUGACAAAUUCAUCCAGUAUUGAUUCUUCACAUUCGGACAAGUUUGGCAGUUUGAUUAGCGACUUUGACAGGCUAACUAUGAUUGAGUUGCAUCGCACUGAACAGGGCAAGGAGAAUGAAUUAUUUUCAAACUUUGGAAGAAGAAGGAAUUCGUUGCCCUCCUUUUUACAACAAAGAAAACCGGCUUUCAUUGAAAAAAGUGAUAAUUUUGUUAAAGAAGUUAUAACCGACUUACACUCAGCUGCUCCAAAAGGCUUGAAAGCUAAAACGCGAAGAAGUCAAUCAUCGCCUAUGACAAGUUCACGGUUUGUUGGUAAAGCCAAAAUUUCUUCAAAUGAUGAAUAUUCUAAGCACCAAGAUGUCAAACAUGGUCUCCGCCAAGCAGUCGGUGAAAUCGAGAACACGAAUGAACAGUCACGACAAGGAAAAUUAUCACGCAAAAAUCGCUCACAAUCUCUACCAACUAACACGUCAUUUAACUUAAUCAAACGUGUUCAACAAAGGAGUUUACAAAGUCACGAAAGGGUACCCCAACUCAAAGAAAAAACUAGAAGAGUGAAAUCUUUGCCUUUUAUCUACGAAGGUUUGACAGAGUCUGAACUUCCAAGUUGUACUCAAACCACACACACUGGAUUAAAAUAUAGCGAUUCUAUCGAAAAUAGCAAAGUUGUGACCGAACGGAAACAACUGCUCAACGAAGGAUCCAGAAAGAUCAAACAAAAGGCAUUGUUAGAAAGAGCGAGUUCGUUUCCUAUCUGUGGAACAGAUGGGCAACAGAAACAAACAGACAGUAUUCAAAAACAAAUAAAGAAAGCUUUAGAUAUGUUUUUCUCGCAGAAAGCUGGUGAUGGAUUCCAUGUGGGUCGGGGGAAAAGGUCGAAAUCACUCCCGAAUGUCUUUGAAGGGAAAAAAAAUCUUAGCUUUGAGAAACCUCCAGUAAUGAACAUUCCAGAAGCUGCCACUGCAGAAGGAAGGCAGGUUUUUGAUGCAGUUAGCGGUGUGGGAGAUGAAAGUAUACAGAGCUGUUCAGAUGAAGAAACAAUAACAAACGAAGAGACAAAAAGUGACGUAAGUUCAGAGGGUGAUGAACUCGAGUUGCGAAUUUCAACCUCGGUAUACUGUCAUGAUUUGCCACCUGUUCCAAGACCUCGAGGAUUCUCUAUACCCUGUUCUUUCAAAAUGGAAAAAAUUCCUGAGGAACCAAAUGAGUCUGAAAACUGCGAUGAAGUUGCAAGCUGUGACGGAGAAGAUACUGAAGAUGUGACAAAUUAUCUUUGUGAAAAUCAUUCUAACCAAACAAUAGAUUCCACGCCACUUAACGAUAACUCAGGCGUAUCGGAGCAAGCUGAAGAUCAUCUCACUGAGUCGGAUGUCAAUGAAAGCAGCUCUUUUGAAAGCAAAACAGAAGAAAACCGACAACAUAUCAUUUUUGAACAUAACUUAGAACUCUUCGACAAACUAGUUACUGAGACUUUCUCUCGAAUGCAGCAAUUGGAAUUUGCCAGCUCCUCUUCUUGCCUUCAUCGAGCAGCUGCAAAGGGAGAUUUAGACAGCAUUAAACUAUUGGUGGAGGAGGGAGAUGACGUCAAUGCUUUGGACGAAUUUGGUUGGCCAGUUUUACACGCUGCUGUUACAACUGGAAACUUCGACUGCUGUGAAUGGCUGAUUGAUGCAGGCGCCGACCUAGAGGCCUACACAAACUUUGUUAUUGAAGAAUACCGAAUGCUUUCUCGGCAAGUUUAUCACAAUAACUAGUUGUUGUAUUAGACGAGGGAGAUGUAUGUAUUUGAAUUGCAAAUGCCGCAUAACUGAUCAGUCUGCUGGAAUCAAAUUUAUAUUCUUUUUAUGAUAUUCCAAUGAAGGUCAAUCGUUUACUGAGGAUUGUUGCUUGCAAUUGAGGCUCGCCAAAUGGCUCUAAAGAGAUCUGAAUAAAUUGUGUACAAUAGGU